CGAUCGAUAUCCUCAUUCCCCAAUUUGCCACAUCAACUCAACCUCUUGAGUACCAGUUACAGUCUUCGCAUCCCUCAGUUCUAGACCCAUGGUUCGUGUUCUCAAGCCUUUCAGCGCGGUCAUCGCGACUGUGCUUUCUCUCGGUCUUGCUACCGCCGACACCGCCACCGUGUCGGUCCUUGGUGAUGCCACCUACACGAUCCCGUCGUCUCGCGGAGAAGUCUGCAAGGGUACCGGUGCGUACCCGAGUGGAACGGCUUGUCCUCUGAAGGGUGACGAAGCCAGCGACGGCUGCAGUGAAGGAGUUCCAUCGUACACGUACGGCAAGUGCGUUGCCCCCAAGGAUGCUCAGUGUGUGCUGGUCUCGGACGAUACGUGGGGCUGUGCCUACCCGGAAAAGGACACCGAGGCUCCGUGUGCGAGCACAGAGCAGAGCUCCUAUGGUGAGACUGAGACGCCCUACGAGUCCGCUCCAUCUGCUUCUGGAUACGGCGAAGUGACCUACCCGGCCGAAGAGACGUACCCGAAGGAGGACGAGGUGACGUUCCCGUACGAAAGCACGCCCUGCCCGAGCCUUCCUUACAGUGAUGACACUGAAGAAGGUUAUCCAGUGGAGGACACACCGUAUCCGACUCAGCCUCACAGUUAUGGCACUGGAGAGGGUGCUUAUCCGGCGGAGACUACCCCGUAUCCGACUCACGGCAACAGUGGAGAGGAAGCCUACCCAACGAAGGACACGCCAUGCCCGAGUCUGCCAUACACCUACGACACUGAAGAGGCCGGUUAUCCGACCGAGGCCACUCCGUACCCGACUAACGCCCCCGGUUACCCGACCGAGGCCACUCCGUACCCGACUAACGCUCCCAGUUACCCGACUGAGACCGCCCAGUACCCGACUCACCCUCCCAGCUACACGGCUGGAGAGGGUGCCUACCCGACGGAGGCCACCCCGUGCCCGACCCUGACUUACAACUAUCACACUGAACAGGGUGCCUACCCGGAGGCUACGCCGUACCAAACGCACGCUCCGAGUUACCCAGCGGAGGCCACACCCUACGCGACCCAGCCUCCCAGCUACAAUGCUGGCGAAGGUAGUUAUCCAACCAAGGACACACCAUGCCCGACUCUGCCUUACACUUACAACGCUGGAGAGGGUGGUUACCCAACGCAGACCGCCCCAUACCCGACUCCGGCUCCCACCUACAACUCCGGCGGCAAUGGAGACUACCCACAGAGUGGCGACUACCCCAAGAAAGACUACCCGACGGGAGACUACCCACAGAAUGGCAACCACGACUACACCGAGAAGCCCAGCUACGAGCACAGUGAUGGCAGCCACGUCUACACCGAGAAGCCCAGCUACGAGCACAGUGAUGGCAGCCACGUCUACACCGAGAAGCCGAGCUACGAGCACAGCGAUGGCAGCCACGUCUACACCGAGAAGCCGAGCUACGAGCACAGCGAUGGCAGCCACGUCUACACGGAUAAGCCCAGCUACGAGCCCACCGAUGUCAGCGGUUCUGUCGAUGCCCCGUGCUCUUCGAACGGCGACGAGGGCCACAGCCAGGUCGAUGACAGCAGCAAGGACAAGUACCCGUCGAAGUACCUUCGUGGUAGCAGCUACGGUAGUUCGGAGGAUCACAGUGAAUCGGUCGCUGGUAGUCACGAGUACGCGCAUGUAGGCAGUGAUGCGACGGAGGCACCGGAGAGUGACUACGAGCACACUGAUGCACCUACCACUACCGUGGCUCCUGAGGAUACGGCUGCACCUACCUACACGCCCGCCCCCGAUGCCACUGAGGAAGAGACGACGGCACCGGAGACGACGGCACCGGCCUACACAUCGGCUCCUGAUGCCACUGAAGCCCCGGAGGAGGAGACGACGGCACCGGUAGAGGAGACAACGGCACCGGAAGAGGAAACGACGGCACCGGCCUACACAUCGGCGGCUGAUGCUACAGAAGCCCCGGAGGAGGAAACGACGGCACCGGAAGAGGAGACGACGGCCCCGGAGGAGGGGACGACUGCACCGGAAGAGGAAACGACGGCACCAGUGUACACGUCCGCUCCGGCAGAAACGGAGGUCCCGGAGAUUCUGGUCGCUCAGGACGAUACCGAGACAUAUGCCCCGAUGGAUAUUGUCUUCUAAGUUGUUAACCCUCAAGUCUUCUUGUCGUCAACAAGAUGACUGGACGAACUUUUUUGCAUGCUGAAUCACAUUGAAUGUCUGGAGUCUCGACGCUCCGCCGAAGUCUGGUGGCAAGGAUGGACGCGAUCGUGGGAUUCUUGUGUAUGUGCUUGGAACGUUUGUUGGCAACUUUCAAAGACACUACUGUAGAUAGAAUAGUGCAAAGUAGCUAGCAGAAAGACGAGCUGUUCAUAAUAAAUGUUGUCCACUUUAAUACCAAUUUUUCAGAUCUCUU